UAAUUGUAAUAAAUGCUCUUAUAAGUUGCUUCUCGGCAAUGAACCAACGUGUCGAAUUGUUUAUUCAGAACCUAAGCCAAGAAAGUCUUAAAAAUGAUUCGAACAAAAAAUAGCAUGCAUUUCGUGCUCUUUUUUCUUAUGGUUUCAGUAGCCUAUUCAUUUAUAGAGCUUUAUGAAACUGAACAUGCUCAACAACAGUUGGCUGACGAAUUUAGCGACAUUGAAGGCAUUACAAAAGCGAAAAAUUUAAUAGAUAAAAUGAAAGAUGGCGUAGGAGGAUCUACCAUAGCGAUCCAUCAUCCAAGCGGAAGACGUUUUAUACAUCGCAACAAAUGGAUUAUGAUAUGCAACGGCGAAAUAUCCAAAGAAAACGGUCACUGCAACGGGAACGCUCUUGAGUCAGUCACAGCAUUUAAGCCCCAAACCAACUCGGAGUAUUGCUACAUCAAAAAUUACCAUUCUAUUAACGAAACUCUUUGUCUUUCCCCACACCCGGUCAAUUUAACCUUUGAAAAUAACACUAUAGUGUGCGAAGCUGUAACAGAAUAUUUCCCAGCCCUCGCUAUCACUAUCGACGAUUAUCUUAAGAUGUGCGAAAAAAUAUCCAGUAAUGUGACGUACAUCUACUUUGCCAACGAUCAUGAUCCUGAACAUGUGGAAAUACCGAAUGAAAAUCCUCAUGUUAAGUGUGAUAAUGAGAUGGAUAAUGACGACUUGAAUAAGACCUUGACACCUAAAAAAAGGAAAUUUAUGCAGGAGUUUAGUUUUUCCAUUAAUAAGACCGGUAUUUGUGUAUUUACUGAGCAGGAUAUGCUUGUAUUGAAGUUACUGCAAUAUCUGAAACUUUGAGCGUAUUAUAAAGUUAUACUAGCAACCUACUAACCAAAAAUGUAGAGCUAUAUUGAGGACUUUGUACCAUAAAUUUUUCAAAAUUUGUUUGGAAUCAGUUUGUAUAAAGUUAAUAUUACCAAUAAAAUUUAAAACCACAAACAUUUGUAAAAAAAAACAUUUAUUGUAAAAAAGUAUAAAAUUGUUACUUAUUUGAUUAUACUUAGUGAGAAAAAAACAUAAUUUAUAUAAUGGUUAACUUUAAAGUAUCCUAACAUAGCUUAGCUUUAAAUACAGAUCAAUAUUCACACAAAUUAGGAAUGUUUACAUAAUAAAUAAUUUAGUAUAGUA